AUUCCAGAUAUUCUAAGAGUUGGAGCCAAAAAGUACUUUGGACAAACCAUCCUGGGAGGACCUUUUCACAUAAUAAUCAUUACAUACGCCUGUGUAAUCCUGAUAAUCAUGGUAAUGCGUCUGACCAGCACAGAAGGAGAAGUGGUCCCCAUGUCCUUUGCCCUGGUGUUGGGCUGGUGCAAUGUCAUGUACUUUGCACGAGGAUUUCAGAUGCUUGGGCCUUUCACCAUCAUGAUACAAAAGAUGAUAUUUGGUGACCUUAUACGUUUUUGUGGGCUAAUGGCUGUUGUCAUAUUUGGCUUUGCCUCAGCUUUCUACAUCAUCUUUCAGACAGAAAAUCCAAGCAAUCUGGGAGAAUUCUAUAAUUAUCCCAUGUCUGUCUUCAGUACGUUUGAGCUCUUCCUUACCAUCAUAGAUGGACCGGCCAACUAUGAUGUGGAUCUGCCCUUUGUGUUCUGUGUGGUGUAUGCUGCUUUUGCUAUUAUUGCUGCUUUGCUCAUGCUCAACCUGCUCAUUGCCAUGAUGGGUGACACUCACUGGCGAGUAGCCAAUGAACAGGAUGAGCUUUGGAGAGCACAGGUUGUUGCUACUACAGUCAUGCUUGAACGGAAACUCCCGCGAUGUCUUUGGCCUCGGUCUGGUAUUUGUGGCCAAGAAUAUGGGUUAGGAGACAGAUGGUUUCUCAGGGUGGAAGAGCGUCUGGAUGUCAGCAAGCACAAGAUGUUACGCUAUGCAGAGGCAUUUAAAAACCAAGACAAGGAGGAUUUUGUUAAGCUUUCUAGGAAACUAUACCAACCUGAGUGUUUCCGAUUCAAGAAAGAAACAUCACCAUCGGUCUCACGAAGCACCACUCUAAGUAGCUUCCACCGUGGUUGGCAAAUCCUGCGGAACAAUACCUUAAGCCACCUUCAUGGGGAAGCAAAUCAUGCUUUGGAAGAUGAGAUUUAUCAUGUCUGAUAUGCCUCUUGAGUGACUGGUCACAUUACUGGUGCUUUGUGCGCUUCACAAAUUCUUCUUCCAGUAGCUGGUGGGAUCUGGGGGCAGUGAUGUCAGGAUUCGGGAUGACUUCAGUCUUUCUAAGUUCCUCUUUUCCUUUGUUCUCUGAAGGACAAAACUCUGUAGAAAAUGUAGAUUAAAACAAGAUAAAAGAUAAACUCCACAAAUCAGCUAACUUCUAGUAUUCCAGCAACUCUUUAAGAGGUUGAGCAUCAGUUUAUUGCUUUUCCGUUGUUCCACCAAAAGGGUUGGAAAAAAGUUACUGUUUUUUGAUACAGGACUCCAGUGCACUUUACGUUAAAUAGGUGAGGUGGAAUUUUAUCCCAGGUAUAAUUCUUGUGGUCCAUACGAUAGGAUUUCUUUUCUUGGCUGAAUUGAAUUCUGCUAAUGUUUCCCUUGGGGAGAGGAAUAGGGAAAAGGUUUACAAACCUAACUGUAUAUAAUAUACAGCUGCCUCUGUUUAUUCUUGCUGGCUUGGAAUCAAGCCCGUUACUUCCCUUGGACCUGUUUGACUGCUAUUAUACAGCACCAGAAUUUUGCUUAGAGCAAAUCUAAAGAUAAAACCCUAAUGAACUAAAACCUAACUUUAAGUCUAACUUAGUAGGUGAACUUCCUAAAAGUACUGUGUUUCCCUAAGAAGGCAUCAAGAUUUGCUUAAAGUAGAAUGCCAAAGUAAUACUAAAAGUUUUUGCUCAGCUAAAAAAUAACUGCAGCUAAGUUGAGGGAAAUGUUUCAGAGGGCUUUUCACAGUCUCUACUUCCAAAGUGGUGGUUCGGAGAUGGCCUUUCCUACAGAUCCAGCUUGAAAAGAAGAUCUUUCCAAAUAUAAAGUGAAGCAAAGCAGGUGCUUCUUUAAUUUAUCUCUAGCUUUCUUAUCACUUCAAACUUUACUCCAGAAGGAAAAAGCCAAUAUUUCAUCACUUAAAGCUAAUUAAUGACUUACUGCCUUCCCAGCAGCUGAGUGGAAAGUUACUCCAAUUCCUUUCUAGCAGGAGCAAGAGGGAAAGUUGUAGCUGCUCGGAUUUGCCUUUCGAUUGUCCUCCUAUAUUGACCUGAACCAUGUAGCAUUAAAGACUGAUGCAGAUAGUUUUGGGGCAUUGGCAGUCUGAUUCCUUUUUGAUCUAUCAUUGCAUGAGUUUGGCCGUGGCCUUCAAGGAUGAGUUGGCUUGAUUCUCAUUCCAUAACAAAAAUGCAUUUUCUAUGCCCAGAUAUAUCUACUCACUCGGGAGUUUCCAGCUGUAUUUUAAGAUUUAUCCCAGUGAUGAUCUUGCCCUUGGUUGAGCAAAGAAAGUUAUGGGUGCAUUCUCAGAUAUGCCUUCGGGGCAAUAAAAGACCAAUUAAAUGUUGGGUCGGGUGGGUGCCACUUAAAUUGAUUUCAAAUCCAGAAGAUGCCACUCUGCCUCUGUUGAACCCCUUUGAACUCUGAACUGACAGACUUGGGGUAAGAGAAGGAUUUCUAAAGGAGAAAUGGGGAGGAACUUUUUUAUCCAAGGAUGAAGUUCAGAAGAUACCUCUUCAAGAUGAAGUUGGAGAUUUGUCAAAUCACUGUGAUGAACUGAACUAGUCUUUAUUAGUCAUGGUUAUAUGUAUUUCCUUGAUAGAUUUUUGCACUAUAUGUCUGAGACUACAAUUUGCACAUGUAUAAAACUGAUCUAUAAUGCUUUACGGAGUUUAAAAAAUAAUUUCAUUUCAUGUCUUAAUAUUCUGAUUUCAUAUUCUGUCAAAUAAAGUAUUUAUUAGUUAAAGAAA